ACCGUGAGAGGUGCGCGGUGCAUUGUGGGGAUACAAAUACAGCGCAGAAAAAUAAAAGGGGAGAACGGGGGCGCACAAAAGAAUGCAAAACAAGCUUCCUCGAGAUACAAACUGACGCCGAACUCCCCCCCCCCCACCCCCCCUCUCACCCGCUGGGAUGAGAACACAACGCGCCGUUCAUUCGACCGCGGGUGUUUUUUUGGCGGACAAACUGCCCGAGACGCGCGGGGAAUGUGAGUGAUCGGAGCGGGGAAGCGGCAGGAGCGCACCGCUGUCUCCCGACCAUCGCUGCUGGGUCUUUUGUGUGCGUGUGUGUGUGUGCGCGCGCGCGUGUGUCAGCUGAACCGUUCGCAUCCCGAGGCCCUGUCGACAUCACGGGCCUCAUCUCCACAAGGAGGCAUUUCCUGUACGCAGCCCUAAUCCGCCUCCACCAUGGGGGUCAAAACCUUCACCCACAGCUCCACCUCCCACAGCCAGGAGAUGCUGGAGAAGCUCAACGCGCUGCGCAGCCAGGGUCACCUGUGCGACGUCACCAUCCGGGUCCAGGACAAGCUCUUCCUGGCCCACAAAGUGGUGCUGGCCUGCUGCAGCGAGUUCUUCCGCUCCAAGCUGGUGGGCCGGCCCGACGAGGAGGACAAGUUCGUCCUGGAUCUUCACCACGUGACCGUCAGCGGCUUCGCGCCCCUGCUGGAGUACGCCUACACCUCCACCCUCUCCAUCAGCACGGAGAACAUCAUCGACGUUCUGGCGGCCGCCAGCUACAUGCAGAUGUUCGCCGUGGCCAGCACGUGUUCUGAGUUCAUGAAGUCCAGCAUCCUGUGGGGCCCGGGCGGCGGCAGUGGGGGCCGGGCCAAUAACAGUAACAUUAACAACAUGGCGGCGGACAAGCCGCAGGAGUCGGCGGCGGAGAGCGCCUCGUCGCACUGUGCCCUGACGCCGCUGGACGGCAGCGUGUCGCCGGUGUCCUCGGACUGCAGCGUGAUGGAGAGGAACGUUCCCACGUGCCGCGAGUCGCGGCGCAAACGCAAAAGCUUCGCCACCAUGGCGUCCCCCGACAGCCCGCUCAAAUGCACGGCGCAGAUGGUCACCACCUCCCCGCAGAUCCCCAACCCGUCCCCCUCCUUCUCGGACGGCGCGCCCCCCACCGUGGAGUCCUCCCUGGCGUUCCCCUGGACCUUCCCUUUCGGCAUCGACCGGAGGUUCCACUCGGACAAGCCGAAGCUCCCCGAGAGCCCCCGCUGCCUGGAGCAGGGCGCCACGGGGCCCGGGGAGGCGGCGGCGGGCCGGCGGCUCAGCGACUUUCUGACGUGCGAGAGCUCCAAGGCGGUGGCGGCGGUGCCGGCGGAGGAGGAGGAGGAGGAGGACGUGAGGGUGAAGGUGGAGCGGCUCAGCGACGAGGAGGUGCAGGAGGCGUCGUCGCAGCCGGUCAGCGCCUCGCAGAGCUCGCUGAGCGACCAGCAGACGGUGCCGGGCAGCGAGCAGGUCCAGGAGGAGCUGCUCAUCAGUCCUCAGUCCUCCUCUAUAGGCUCCAUGGACGAGGGCGUGUCAGAGGGCCUCCCUUCCAUGCAGAGCACCUCGAACCCUGGAGGACACGGCGAGGAUGACGAGAGGUUGGAAGGUAUUCAGUACCCGUACCACCUCUACAUCAACCCCUCAGCCCGGCCCGGCACCAACGGGCCCGACCGGCCCUUCCAGUGUCCUACCUGUGGAGUCCGAUUCACGCGCAUUCAGAACCUGAAGCAGCACAUGCUCAUUCACUCCGGCAUUAAGCCUUUCCAGUGUGACCGCUGUGGGAAAAAGUUCACACGGGCCUACUCCCUAAAGAUGCAUCGGCUGAAGCACGAAGGUAAACGCUGUUUCCGGUGCCAGAUUUGUAGCGCCACAUUCACGUCCUUCGGCGAAUAUAAGCACCACAUGAGGGUCUCCCGACACAUAAUCCGCAAGCCGCGGAUUUACGAGUGCAAAACGUGCGGGGCCAUGUUCACCAACUCUGGCAAUUUAAUUGUACACCUGAGGAGUCUGAACCAUGAGGCGUCCGAGCUAGCAAACUACUUCCAGAGCAGUGAUUUCCUCGUGCCCGACUACCUGAGCCAGGUGCAGGAGGAAGAGGAGGCGCUGGGGGUCCAAUACGAGCUGGAACACCCCGAGCAUCACCCCGUCUACCCGGGCAACGCCACCGCCUCCUCCACCACCAGCGUCGCCUCCUCCACCUCCUGCUCCGUCCACAUGCCCGUCAUCUCCCAGGUCUCCUCCUCCACGCAGAACUGCGAGAGCUCCCCCGGCUUCCUCUCACCAGAGCCCCUGCACCUCCCCCCCGCCUCCCUCCAGGCGGAGGAGACCAAGGCGGCCGACGGAGCGGGGGGCAGCUCCCCGGAGGUGUUUGAGGAGGAGGAGGAGGAGGAGGAGGAGGAGCAGCGGGCCGAGCUUCCACCGUGAAGACGACGAAGAAGCUCCAGACGCACUUAUUGAGUCACCUUUCAAAGACCACACCCUUUAGGAAGUGAUUUCCCCCCCAAACUUCCUCCGAGGAUCCCGCCUGCUGUCUCUUAUUCCCCAAAUGACGUGAACGCAGCACGAGCUGAAAGGCCUUUCUGUCUUAGUGCCUAAGAGUGAAGGAGAGAGGAAGACCAAGAGUCUCCACGUUUCACCGGCCAACGGAGCUAAAGGAAGAAAAAAAAGAGAAGAGAGAUCAACUCGGCGGUGCUUCGGUUGGUCGUGAGGCGCUGGUCGGUGUGGGCGGAGCCUGUGUUGUUCCUUCAGUGCCGUCGCUAUAGGCAACCUGUUCAAUGUCAAUGCUAUCUAUAUUGCAGUAGCUUGUACUGUAGUUUACUCUUUGAAUGCUGUGUGUAGGGUGUUGUGACGGUAAUACCUGUCAGGUGUGUGUAUGUGCAUUUCUUUCUUUCUUUUUUUAUAUAUCUAUAUGAACGCAGUACAUUUCAUUUUUAAAAGUAUUACAACUUGAAAUUAUAUUGACAGAGUAUUCCCGUAAAAGGUGUUUGUGCGUAUUUCAUUGUCCUGCCUUUUUUACAUCGCAUCUCCGAAACGUUUUGAUUUUCAAAAUAAAAUGAAGCAGACGACAGUAAAAGAGCGGAAUGUAAACAAUCCCAAAUUUUGGAGAAACAAGGUAUUUCUGCACGUUUGUCCCCAAAUGUGUUUCUAAGACACGAUAAUGUAGCAACGCUUUCUAAAUGUUAUUUUCUGGGGUCAGUUUUUCUUCUAAAUAUUGAAAUUUCACCAAGGCGUUUACAGUCUUUUUAGGGUGGGGGGGGGGGGGCAGAAAGUGAUGCCAGCGGAUUGUGAUUGCUAUCCGUGAUGGCCAGUUUACAGGCGGUUAGAGCGGCGCGUGCUAACGUUGCUUUAAAAGCAAUGGGAGCGAUGCUAAUGCUAACGAGUGAAUGAAUAAAAUACUGUGAGUCCAAUCAUUCUGAAUGAUAAAUAAAUAAAUAUUAUAUUGUGCAGAAAACAGCUAAUUGAGCACAGCUUUAGAAGCACUCAUUUCAUUUUUUUUCAAUGUAGUUCUUUUGGUGGGGGGGGUCCACAUUGGUUGUGAUAGUAGAACCUGAAUGCUGAACUCUACUGGCUGACUGGGACGGGUUGUUAAUCGUCGACUUCCUAUCCCCCCCCCCCCCCCCCCCCUCCCACCAAAACAGUAGUCCAAACAGCACCAUCACAGCAGGAUGUAAGACCUCACACACAGGGUUGAUUGUAGUGAUGGAUAUCGCUGUGUGAAGCCCCCCCCCCGCCCCCCCGCUGUCUUAAGAAGAACUUCGUCCUCCUGCGUCACUUGUGCCCCGAUUAUUCAUAUUAUUAUUUGUUUUUUUUCUCUCUACAGGACUAACUGUUCUCUCUCGUUUGGAGUUGCCAUGGCAAUCAGUAAACAUAAGACAGGGGUAGUCAUCGUGGCCCCGGCUCUUCGGGGGGGGGGCAAACCGUGGGUUGUGCAUUUCAGAGGCUCGCCUUAGUGAACGGACCUAUCGACUCUAGCUGCACAAUAUCUAUAAAAAAAUCAAUUUUUCUAGUCUCCAUUCCUACGUCGUCGGUUUUCAUCGUGUCGUCGUCGUUGUUUUUUAUGUCGCAGUCCGACGAACUUUUUUACAAUGAAAUGCUGCUGUUUGUUGAAAAGAAAAAAAACGCAAAAAGUGCCCAAAAUAUUUUUGUGAACCAACGGUUGUGCAAUAAUACGGAACUGUGUCGUUUUUAAAAGAUUUAAUCUCUUCUUUGCGAUGGUGAAUUAUAUAUAUAUAUAUAUAUAUAUAUAGGUAUAUAAAAAGGAAUGUAUGAUUUUAGUUUUAAUGUGACUGAAGGAGCAUCCAAAGGGGGAGGAGCCUGAGAGGGACCUGUUCGGCCUUACCUGUUGACGGCUCUUCAUCCAGCGUAGUUCAGCAUGUCCUUUUCCUACCUGUUAAUCCCUUCUUCUGUUUGCUUUUCAACGUGCAAUGUUUUCAUUAAUAUCUUGACUAACUAUACGGGACAUGCCUUCUCAAUGUACACUCAAUGUUGUAUAUGUUUUCCGGUCCUUCUGGUUUUAUUUAAAAGAAAAGGAAAAUACAAGAUAAAAAACACGGUAGCUCUUCAUAACGUCAUAUAUAUAUAUAUAUAAUAUAUAUAUAUUUUUGGUGACUUUUGUAUGACGGUUGCUGUUUCAUGGCAUCUUUGAAUAUUCUUGUUAAAUGUGAAAAGACCAGUUUAUUGUGGGGGUGUAUAUAUAUAUAUACACAUAUAUAUAUAUAUAUAUAUAUAUAUACACGGUAGACACACUCGUACUCUGCGUAUUGCGUAUUGCUUUGAGACUGAUGGUGUAUUUGUGUCUUUGAUACUGUAUUUAAAGUGGCGUUGGGCAGCGCGUCGCAUCUGGAGAAGCCCGUCUGUGCUGAGUGUUUUCAAAGCGGUCUUCUGGAGCUCGUGGUCUAUGGAUCCUCGCUGGUGUUCUGGCUUUGCAGUUGUUUAAAAAAAUAAAAAUAACAUUUUUUUGUAAAAGUUUGAAAUGUAAAUAAUAAAAGAAAUACCGAUGUUGAA